AUGGUACCGUUUCCACACGAAGAUAAGACAAUGGAAAAUAUCAAACACGCAUGCAAAGACCAUUUCGAGAUUGAUAAAGGAUAUCAAUGUGACGUUCUUGCGGGGGAGAGAGGACCAUCUUAUACAAGUGUGAAUCAGAUUAAGAACUGGAAACUUAUUCACAUCCGGUUUGUGGAAAAAGAACCCGAGCUGAGAAAGAGCAGAAGUUCUAAAGAAAAGGAAGACCACACUCAAGCACAUAACCUGUCACUACCAAUAUCAUAUGUCAACGUGCCUAGUUGCUCCAAUAUUGCACCGUCGUCUCGGUCUGUAUUCCCUCAGUCUGUCCCUCUCAGUCUCAGUCAACUCAUUAAGAUCGGGAAGUUGAUCCCACCGAAAAAGGACAUUGUCACUUUACAGUUAGAAGCAUUUGAUGUUGAGAGAAGGAGCUGGAAAGAUCCAGUGGAAGUAGUGUUGUCAAUUAGCGUUGAUAAGUUUGCAAGUGGUGCCUGCCGUGAUGCAUUCUUAGCUACUGGUCUCAAGGGAUUGGAUGGAAAGUUUGUGGUCAAACGUUAUAGGUCUGAUCGGGUUGCGGAGCUUGUAGAGCAUUUUCAGUCCCUUGAUACGCACACUAGAAAAGUGGUACAGAUGCAUGCUCUUGCUAGGCACUUUUCAUUAUUGUUGCGUGAUGGUGCUCCUCUUCAAUUCGGCGAUACAUUCCUCUAUACCAAGCUGUACUAUGCAGAGAUGAAGGGUGAGUUUGUUACAGUAGAGUCCUACAUUGAAGGAAGUUUCAGAAAAUAUGUGAAUAACACUGGCGACAUUGUUCUAAAAGAUGUCAGUGAAUUUGCUAUGAAGGCAGAAUCGUUUGUCCAUUACUCUUUUGUCAAAUCAGGAAAGCAGCUUAUAAUUGUGGAUCUGCAAGGCGUAUGA